UCUUCCUGUUCAUAGUCAUCUUCCGUCCCCGUUUUACCCACUCCCACAAGAAAAUCGGCAAUGGCAACGAACGGACCGACGCAUGACCCCGACCGCAAGGAUCGCAACCCGUCGCCUAGCGGAAGCUCCUUCCGUGGGAACGUCGUUGACCACGAUGCUCCUCCUGUGACCGGUGAUCAUCAUCCUGUAGGACCCAGGAGGCAGUUUGACAAGAACAUCAUUGCUGUUCAGCCGCUUAAGCGCAGCGAGAUGCAGCAAUCCUACGCCCAGGACUUGGGAACAGGGGAAGUGACGCACGGCAUUUACGGUUCUCUCUUAAACGGUCUUGGCAGCAUUGUCGGCUUCUGCGGCGCUAUUCCGUGCUGCCCAUGCCCGAAUCCGUUCCGCAACGUCGGCCAAGGUUCGGUUGGCUUGGUAUCACGUUUCGGAAAGUUCUACAGGGCGGUGGAUCCUGGUUUGGUACAAGUCAACGUCUGCACGGAAUCACUCCGUAUUGUCGACGUCAAGAUCCAAAUCAGCCCUAUUGGAAGGCAGACGGUCAUCACCCGGGAUAAUGUCAAUGUUGAGAUUGACUCGGUCAUUUACUUCCAGAUCACGAACCCGUAUCGCGCGGCUUUCGGCAUUACGGACUUGCGCCAAGCACUUAUUGAACGUGCACAGACUACUCUUCGGCACGUUGUUGGUGCACGUGCGGUCCAGAGUGUAGUCACGGAGAGGGAGGCUAUUGCAUUUGAAAUUGCCGAGAUUGUCGGUGACGUUGCAGAUAAAUGGGGUGUUGCGAUUGAAGGCAUUCUUAUCAAAGAUAUCAUCUUCUCUCCCGAAGUUGCUGCUUCACUCUCGUCCGCUGCACAGCAGAAACGUAUCGGAGAGUCUAAAGUUAUCGCUGCCCGUGCUGAAGUUGACGCAGCACGCCUCAUGCGUCAAGCAGCAGACAUCCUCGCUUCACCAGCUGCUAUGCAAAUUCGACAACUUGAGGCUUUGCAGACAAUGGCGAAGACUGCACAGAGCAAGGUUGUGUUUGUACCGAUGCAGUUGCAGAGCGAUGUUAUUAGUCAAGUUAGCGGGUCGAGUGGUGGUGCGGGACCGAGUGGCUAUCUGCGAGAAGAGGCGGAAGGUGGGACUUCGGGUGCGGCGUCUCGCGCGGGUAUCUUGAGUAGCAUUGCGGACGUGUAGGCGGAUAAUCAACCGUCUUAUUUUCCGUGCUCCGUUUGUCUGCUUGUCUCGUGCUUGAGUCGUCGCGGAUAUACCACCGGGCGGGUUAAGCCCUCCAUGCAAUUCUUUUAUCUCUUAUCCUUCUGAUUUCAUGAUACUGAUGUUUUGUUCGAUUGCUCGAUCUAGUUCUACUGACGUGCGUUGUAUGUCGUUUUUGAUUAUUAUUUCUGCGAUGCAAUUUGUGUUCUACCCCUUUUCAUCUUGUUCACGUAUAUUCUUAAUGGCGAUGUUAUUACAUACCUUUUGUGAUUGACGAUAUUCUUGUUCG